UAAUAAUAUAAUAAAAUAUUGAAAUAAUAUUUACAAAAACUGAAUUUUGACCAUGAUAAGAGUGAACCAUUCAUCUAGUAGCGAAGAAGAAGAAGAAAUGGCGAGAUUUUCAGUUGGAAGAGAAGAAGAUGAUAAUGAUGAAGGACCCAGUAACCCCACAAGAAGACCUGAACCCAAGAGACGCAGAACUACCGCCGGAACUUUCUCUUGUAGCGCCGUUAUCCGUCAACAAGAAGAAGAAGAAGAAAGAGAAAGGGAAAGGGAAAGGGAAAGGGAAAGGGAAAGGGAAAGGGAAAGAGUUGUUGAGGAAGAAGUAGAGGAGGAUGCAGAGGAGGAGGCAGAGGAGGAGGAGGAUUGGGGAUCGGAAUCGGAAUCUGAGGGAAAUUUCCGAUCGGGCGGUGAUCGGAGAGUGCCGGUUCGUGAAUCGGAGGUUUCAAGAGAGAACAGGUCCUUUUCUGUGGAGGACCCAGACCUGAAUUUGGAGGGUUCAAGAGGAAACGGGUCAAUUUCUGUGAUGUUAUCGGAUCCGGAUGUGUUGGAUUGCCCAAUCUGCCUCGAACAUCUCCGUGUUCCAAUCUUUCAGUGUGAGAAUGGGCACAUAGCAUGUGCCUCCUGCUGCACCAAGAUUGCUAAUAAGUGUCCAUCAUGCUGUUGGCCAAUUGGAUAUAACCGUUGUCGAGCUAUGGAGAAGGUUGUAGAAUCUGUGAAGGUCUCAUGCGUGAACAAAAUGUAUGGUUGCAAGGAGAUCCUGAGUUAUAGUAAGAAAACUGACCAUGAAAAUGCAUGCAUCUAUGUGCCUUGUUCUUGUCCUUUCCAUGGCUGUGACUUUAUAGGUACUUCAACAAAUGUAUAUGCACAUUUUAGCGACAAACAUGCUUCUUCGGCAGAGCACAUUUUUUUCAAUGCUGUCCAUCCAAUUCAUAUAGAAAAAGAUCAAAGUUACAAAAUUCUUCAAAUGAGGACAGAAGGUAUACUUUUUAUCAUCAACCAUGCUAGCGACCGUGUUGGAAGUGCUUUCAACAUUAUCUGUGUUGGACCAGCUAGGCAGAAGAGAAGGUUCUCGUACAAGCUUGUAGUAACAGACGGGGAAAGCUCCUUUAAACUAGAAUCUGUUGCAGAGUGCAUCCUAAACUGGUCAGAAAAUAGUCCUUUGAAAAAAUUCCUCGUGGUCCCAAGAGAUGUCGUUAAUUCCAGUGCUCCGCUGAAGUUGAAUGUUUUCAUAGAAGAGAAGGAAUACGUCUGCAAUGGUUGCAGAUGUUCAAUUUUCGAUUUCUUUGUUUUUGCCGAACAGCAGCAUCCACUUAUUGUUCAUCAAAGAUCAUUUGGUUCUCUCGGGCCUAAGAGCAAGGAAGUCUCAACUCCCCAAUCCCCCAGGGUGAGGGGUGAACCUUCUGUGCCUAGUGAAGGAGAAUUUGCAACGGGAAAGAGGAUGUAUCAAGGUAUUAGUGAACCUGAAGGGAGUAGAAAAAAGAAGAAAAAGCAAGUAGCCACUCCUCAUCCUACUUGCUCUUGGGUGCACUUCAGCUGUGGCUUUAUUAAAAAGCAUAGUGCUACAACACAUCCUGAAUCUUUAGGCCUGAAAGCUCAUGCUAGUAAGAGCACAUCACUUUUCAGGCCACAGAGAUGGAAGCUGAUGGGUCCUGAGGAGAAGGUAAAGUACACUACUCUUAACGCUUCCGCUUCUCUAUAUGUGAUAUUGUCGUCUGCUUCAGAAGAAGAAGAAGAUGAAGAAAUGGCGAGAUUUUCAGUUGGAAGAGAAGAAGAUGAUAAUGAUGAAGGACCCAGUAACCCUACAAGCAGACCUGUACCCAAGAGAUGGAGGACUACCGCUGGAACUUUCUCUUGUAGCGUCGUUAUCCGUCAACAAGAAGAAGAAGAAGAAAGAGAAAGGGAAAGGGAAAGGGAAAGGGUUGUUGAGGAAGAAAUAGAGGAGGAGGCAGAGGAGGAGGAGGAUUGGGGAUCGGAAUCGGAAUCUGAGGAAAAUUUCCGAUUGAGCGGUGAUCGGAGUGUGCCAGUUCGUGAAUCCGAGGUUUCAAGAGAGAACAGGUCUAUUUCUGGAGAGGACCCAGAUCAGAAUUUGGAGGGUUCAAGAGUAAACGGGUCAAUUUCUGUGACGUUAUUGGAUCCGGAUGUGUUGGAUUGCCCAAUCUGCUUUGAACAUCUCUGUGUUCCUGUCUUUCAGUGUGAGAAUGGGCAUAUAGCAUGUGCCUCUUGCUGCAUCAAGAUUGCUAAUAAGUGUCCAUCAUGCUGUUUGCCAAUUGGAUAUAACCGUUGUCGAGCUAUGGAGAAUGUUCUAGAAUCUCUGAAAGUUUCAUGCGUGAACAAUAGGUAUGGUUGCAAGGAGAUUCUGAGUUAUAGUAAGAACACUGAGCAUGAAAAUGCAUGCAUCUAUGUGCCUUGUUUGUGUCCUUCCCAUGGCUGUGACUUUAUAGGUACUUCAGCAAAGGUAUAUGCGCAUUUUAGCGACAAACAUGCUUCUUCAGCAGAGCACAUUUUUUUCAAUGCUGUCCAUCCAAUUUUUAUAGAAAAAGAUCAAAGGUACAAAAUUCUUCAAAUGAGGACAGAAGGUAUACUUUUUAUCAUCAACCAUGCUAGUGACCGUGGUGGAAGUGCUAUCAACAUUAUCUGUGUUGGACCAGCUAGGCAGAAGAGAAGGUUCUCGUAUGAGCUUGUAGUAACAGAUGGGGAAAGCUCUUUUAAACUAGAAUCCGUUGCAGAGAGUGUGCCAAACUGGUCAGAAGAUAGUCCUUUGAAGAAAUUCCUUGUGGUCCCAAAAGAUGUCGUUAAUUCCAGUGCUCGGCUGAAGUUGGAUGUUCUCAUAGAAGAGAAGGAAUGAGUCUGCAAUGGUUGCACAUGUUGAUG